AUGGAAAUGUACGAGCGGAGCAACCACAGUGGGCCGACAGAGGCAGGGAGCGGUGGUGGUGCUCGUAAAACGUACGCGCAUGGACCCGAUUCUCAUCCUUCUACAAGGAAUCCAAGAACGUCACGGCCGUGGCACGGCGGCCGAGAGGAGCUGAAGAGGAAGAAAAGGAUAGCCAAGUAUAAAUUGUAUGCGGCUGAAGGGAAAGUGAAGGAUUCUUUUAGAAAAGGGUUGAGUUGGAUGAAGAGGACGUGCUCCAAGAUCGUGCAUGGAUUCUAG